AUGUUAACCAUAAACUUGGUGCCAUUAAACAAUGAAAGUGUAUUCUCUCCAGUUCUGGAAGCCAUAAACAAGACGUCCCAAGACCUUACUACAAGCAACUCCACGGCCGAAGAGUACACAGUGGACAUUGAGAUCAGUUUUGAAAAUGCAUCCUUCCUGGAAUCUAUCAAAGAUUACUUGAACAAACUCAGUUAUCCAAUUGUGGACAACAGCACUGAGCAAGCCACUGACAUUUUGAGCAUGGUGCUGACAACAGAAUGCAGACCUACUGGAAGUGAAGUGUGGUGCUCCUGUGCGAAAGGCUAUGAGUGGCCUCGGGAGAAGUGCCUCCACAAUCUCACUUGUCAAGAGUAUGACAGCUCCCUCUCAGGACGCCACUGCAAUUGCCUUAAACAACUGCCUGCUGGUGGACCUUAUUGCCAGCUCCAGAGGGUUGUUACCUUAAGGAUGUCAGUCAAGCUCAAUGUGGAGUUUUCCGAAGAUCUCAAGAACUCUUCCUCAGCUCUCUAUAGGUCCUACAAGACAGACCUGGAACUGGCAUUCUCCAAAGCUUACAGCAUUUUAUCAGGUUUCAAGGCAGCAACUGUAACAGGGUUCAGGCCUGGAAGUGUGGUUGUGAAUUACGAAGUCAAGGCUACAUCACCAUCACCUGACUUAAUGCACAAAGCAAAUGAAGAAGUAAUACAGAACCUCAAUGAAACCUACAAAGCAGACGACAGUUCCUUUCAAACUUUUGUUAAUAAUGAAACUAAGUUUUCAGUCACCCCACCAGGAGUCAUCUUUGUAGGGGAUACAGUAAUUCUGACAUGUGUAAAUGAAAUUUUUUCUUCCAACGUAACUUGGUAUCAUGUUGAAACUCAGAGUGACAUCAGUAACAACAGCAGAUUCUUUGUAUACAGUGUCUUGCUCAACAACACGACUUCCGUGUCCCAGCUCACCAUUGAAAAUGCCUCUGAGGAAGACUCAGGUCAAUAUAUUUGCAGAUUGACAUUAGAUAUUUUUGCAUAUGAGGCCAGGACAAAAAUAUCUGUUGUUCCCUUUCAAAUUUCAAUAAGUCAAGAAACGACAGUGGUGUGUGACAACAAUCCUGUGAACUUGGAAUGCUGCAGUGAGAAGAAUACUAAUUGGAGUAGCAUCGAAUGGAUUCAGGACGGGACACACUACGUUGCAGGAAUCCCACAAACAGACCUAGAGUCUGGUUGCACCAAAUACGUCGUUAUAGUUGAUGAGACCCAGUGCCCAGCUGAAAAAAUUAUCAACUUCACCUGCGAGUUCGUCAGUGCUUAUGGGGGCAGAGGCACUGAGCAAGUAAAAGUAAAUUUCUUCCCAAAGGCCAACCUAACAAUAAUCCCGGACCAAAUUUCUGUUUCUGAGGGACAAAAUUUUUCUCUAAGAUGCAUCAAUGAUGUGAGUAGCUAUGAUGAGGUGUACUGGAACACUUCCACUGGAAUUAAAAUAUAUCAAAGGUUUUAUACCACAACGAGAUAUCCUGAUAGAGUGGAAUCAGUACUGACAGUCAAGACUUCGACCAGGGAAUGGAAUGGAACCUAUCAUUGUAUAUUUAGAGUUAAUAAUUCAUACAGCAUCGCCACCGGGGAUGUCACUGUCUACCCACUGCCUCUGGAGUCAGAUAUCAGGAUUGAUCCUUUGGAAGAUGUCAUUCCAUGCAAAGGUUCUCACAGUUUCAAAUGCUGCGUAGAGGAAAAGGAAGACUACAAAGUUACUUUCCAGAUGGAUUCCUUUUUCUUUCCUGCUGCAAAAGAAGUUUAUGAUAUGCAAAUAUGCUACAAGUAUAAACACAAUUUCAUGGAAGACUCAACUUUCUUCUGUCCAAGGAAUAUUGAGAUGUUUUGUCACUUUACCAAUGCUGCCAAUAAUUCAGUCCGGAGUCCUGCUAUGAAGCUCAAUCUGAUUCCAGGAAAUAACAUCACUUGCCAAGACCCAGUAAUAGGUGUUGGGGAGCCAGGGAGAGUAAUACGGAAACUGUGCCAAUUCUCCAAUGUCCCCAGCAGCCCUGGCAGUCGCAUUGGUGGGAACAUCACUUACAAAUGUGAAGGCUCCCAGUGGAUGGUAAAGAGAAAUGAUUGCAUCUCGUCUGAAAUAAACAGUCUACUUGACCUGGCCAAGGCCUUGAUCAAGAGCCCUUCUCAGGAUGAAAAGCUUCCUAAAUACCUUCAGAGUCUCUCGAUUAGCACAGGCAAGGUGGAAAAGGAACUCAGUAUAUCCCCUGGUAAUCUGGGAGCCAUUAUUAACAUCCUUGAUUUGCUGUCAACAGUUCCAACCAAAGUGAAUAAAGAAAUGAUGACGCAUAUUCUCUCCACAGUCAGUGCCAUUCUCGGAGGUCCCACCCUGAGCACGUGGAAGAUUUUGCUGCAACAACAGACCAAUGGGAGCUCACGGCUGCUGGAUUCAGUGGAGAGGUUUUCCCGCAUGUUGCAGUCCGCAGACAGCACCGUUCUGUUCAUCUCCCAAGAGAAUGUGCAAAUGAGGGGUAUAGUCAUCAAAAUGGGACACUCAGAUGACUACAACCAGAGCUUCGUUUUCUCAGAAAAGGACCUCUGGGGCAGCGUGGUCAUUGACCAGUCCCACCUGGAAAGCUUGGAGACAGAGUCGUCUGUUGUCACGAUGGCUUUCCCAACUCUCAAAACCAUCCUGACUCAGGACAUACAGGCAAAGAAUUCUGCAGGAAGCCUGGUGAUGACAACCACAAUGAGUUAUCCUCUAACCACAACCUUCAAGAUUUCCAUGUCAUUUAAGAACAACGAACCCUUAGGCGGGGUACCACGAUGUGUCUUCUGGAACUUCAAACUUGCCAAUCACACAGGGGGCUGGGACAGCGAGGGGUGCUAUGUUAAAGAAGUUCACGGGGACAUCGUCUCCUGUACCUGUGACCACUUAACCUCAUUCUCCAUCCUCAUGUCCCCUGAUUCUCCAGACCCUGGCUCCCUCCUGAAAAUACUGCUGGAUAUCAUUUCUUAUAUUGGGCUGGGCUUUUCCAUCUUGAGCUUGGCAGCCUGCCUGGUGGUGGAAGCUGUGGUCUGGAAAUCAGUGACCAAGAAUCGAACUUCCUACAUGCGACAUAUCUGUAUUGUCAACAUUGCUGCCUCACUUCUCGUGGCCGACACCUGGUUCAUUGUGGCUGCGGUGAUCCAUGACCAUCACUAUCCGCUCAGCGACAUGGCCUGCGUGGCUGCCACCUUCUUCAUUCACUUCUUCUACCUCAGCGUCUUCUUCUGGAUGUUGACGCUGGGCCUCAUGCUCUUCUACCGUCUGGUUUUCAUCCUCCACGACACAAGCAAGUCCAUCCAGAAGGGCAUUGCCUUCUCUCUGGGCUACGGCUGUCCCCUGGUCAUCUCUGUCAUCACAGUAGGGGUCACCCAGCCACAGGAUGUCUACACAAGGAAGAAUGCCUGUUGGCUCAACUGGGAGGACACCAAGGCCCUGCUGGCUUUCAUCAUCCCGGCCCUGAUCAUUGUGGUCGUGAACGUGACCAUCACGGUAGUGGUCAUCACCAAAAUCCUGAGGCCUUCCGUCGGAGACAAGCCCAACAAGCAGGAGAAGAGCAGCCUGUUUCAGAUCACCAAGAGCAUUGGGGUCCUCACACCACUCUUGGGGCUCACGUGGGGCUUUGGGCUCGCCACCGUGUUCCAGGGGAGCAAUGUUGUGUUCCAUAUUGUGUUUACCCUCCUCAAUGCCUUCCAGGGAUUAUUCAUUUUACUGUUUGGCUGUCUCUGGGAUCAGAAGGUACAGGAAGCUUUGCUGAAUAAGUUUUCACUGUCAAGAUGGUCUUCACAACACUCUAAGUCAACAUCCCUCGGUUCAGCCACACCUGUGUUUUCUAUGAGUUCUCCCAUAUCACGAAGAUUUAACAAUCUGUUUGGUAAAACAGGAACAUACAAUGUUUCAACUCCAGAAACAACCAGCUCAUCCCUGGAAAACUCAUCCAGUGCCUACUCAUUACUCCACUAA